GUUUGCUGGAGCACUGCGCCGGCGCAGCUUCUAGUUUCAUUUCUUGAGCGGCCAGUGACGGGAAGCCGAAAAUGGUCCACGGAGAAGCUUUUUCUCGUCCUUUGAGUCGCAAUGAAGUCGUCGGCCUAAUCUUCCGCCUGACAAUAUUUGGGGCCGUCACCUAUUUCACCAUUAAAUGGAUGGUGGAUGCCAUAGAUCCCACCAGGAAACAGAAAGUGGAGGCCCAAAAGCAGGCUGAGAAGCUGAUGAGGCAGAUUGGAGUGAAGAAUGUCAAGCUUACAGAAUAUGAGAUGAGCAUUGCGGCACAUUUGGUGGAUCCGCUCAGCAUGUUGGUAACAUGGAGUGACAUUGCUGGCUUGGAUGAUGUCAUCACUGACCUUAAAGACACAGUGAUUCUGCCAAUAAGGAAGAGAUAUUUAUUUGAAAACUCUAGGCUGCUGCAGCCCCCAAAAGGGGUACUUCUAUAUGGACCUCCGGGAUGUGGAAAAACUAUGAUUGCCAAAGCCACAGCCAAAGAAGCCGGAUGCCGUUUCAUCAACCUGCAGCCAUCCACUCUGACGGACAAGUGGUACGGAGAGUCUCAGAAGCUGGCGGCUGCUGUUUUCUCCCUGGCUGUGAAACUCCAGCCCUCCAUCAUUUUCAUUGAUGAAAUAGAUUCCUUUCUCCGAAGUCGCUCAAGCUCCGACCAUGAGGCGACAGCAAUGAUGAAGGCUCAGUUCAUGAGUCUCUGGGAUGGGCUCGACACUGACUUCAACUGCCAGGUGAUUGUCAUGGGUGCAACCAAUCGGCCUCAAGAUCUCGACACGGCAAUAAUGAGAAGAAUGCCCACCAGGUUCCAUAUCAACCAGCCUUCCUUGAAACAGCGAGAGGCAAUUCUUGACCUUAUCUUAAGGAAUGAAAGUGUGGACAGCCAUGUGGAUUUGAUGGAAAUCGCGCGCGGCAGUGAUGGCUUCUCUGGGAGUGAUCUAAAGGAAAUGUGCCGAGACGCAGCGCUGCUGUGUGUUAGGGACAGCGUGAACAACUCCUCCGAGGAAAGUCCUUGCGAGGAAAUCCGACCGAUACACCAGCAGGAUUUGCUGAGGGCAAUCGAUAAAAUGAAAAGAUCUAAGAGCGCAACAAACCAGAAUGUUCUGAUGCACGUAAGCUUGGACUAGCAGCGCGCGCCAUCCCACGCAUCCCAGCGGCACUAGCCAGCAGCUCCAGCAGCCAGCCGGGGGGCCGGGGGGGGCCUCUUCUGCAAAACAGAAUCGGAUCUCCUGAACCCUCCUUCUUCUUUUUUGUUUUUCUUUUAUAAACACAAAUCUCAUUUCCAGUAAAAAAUGGUCCUGGCUGCCAACCGUAAAGCAAAACGGGGAACACAGUGUGAUAACUUGGAACUGGUCUGUAUGCCGCCAUGUUCAUAUCUUUCCAUUACUGUUUGUAUGUGAGUGCUGCUAUAGCAUGGGGGUAAUUGUCAGGAUGUCAGUUCCUCAGUAAGCCUGUAGGUGGCAGUCUCCGUUCCUUGAUUAGAUAGAAUUCAUGUCAUUGUCCCAUAGAUCUCCAGCUAAGGUUAGUGAGGCUGAAUGGGGGAGAGCGCAGUACUGUAAAGGGUAACAUUUAUUCAUCUAAAUAUUUAAGGUUCAUGCCAGGGACAGACAGCCCUCUACACCCCAUUUGUUGCAGAACUACAUACCCCAGCAUAACUCUACUCUGGAUACUGGGAGUUGUACUUCUGCAACAGAUUCAGAGAAGAACUACUGUCCCUAAUUUAAUCCAGAACCUCACUCUUCCAUCCAGCGCUUUAUUUUUAUUGCUAAAAGGGAUAUUGAUCUUGUAUUCUUUUGUAGAAGCAAGUAAUAACGUUGCAGUUGGUCUUUAUUUCUCUCUAAUCUGGAAUGAAAACCAAAAAUAAAACCUGGUUCCUUAGGUGAUGAGCCUUGGCAACAAGAAGGCAGAUUGAUGUGGUCUUGAACUGCAACUCCCACUCUCAGGGGAUGCUGGGGGUUUGUAGUUCAAAAAUAGCUGGAGGGCUCAGUAUGCCCCUAAUUGGUAUAAAUAGAAUCAGCAAUGGGCAGUACCUACCCCGGAGGCAGAAACAUGGCUGCCUAAUUAUUUCGCUCAUUAGUACAACCCCACUGUAAUGACUGUACUUCCACAAAACGAUUUUGACUCCCUGAAUGACUCCCAUAUUAGGAAAGUGUGUGUACUGAGCCCUGAUGCUGUGUAUAUAGUAAGGGCCCAGUAUAUGUAUUGCCUGUGUGUGUGUGUGUAUAUAUUAUAUACAUAGUUAUAUAUAUAUAUAUAUAGUUUAUCAAGCACACUGAGUGUUUAUCAUAUAGGAACCUGGGGGUGGGGGGUCGUUUGUAUGUAGAGUCACCUGUAGAACAAAGGGACUGUACUAAAGGACAAGAAAAGGGGGACGGGGGGCAAUUAGUUAGGUACCCCGCAGGGAAUGUAACCACUAACUAUAAACACUGAGUGCCACACUGACCCCUUGUGGCUGCCCAGGGCUGUGCAGGUGUUCAGUAUAAUGUGGGAAAGGGCGGCGGCAGCCCAGGCUCCAUGAUUAGCGAUAUAUUCGCUUUGGGGCCCCCACAGUGAAUUGCUCUUCCCUUGCUGAAUUUAAAUGUAGGUUUUGUUGCCAAAUGAACAAUUUGGUCUGACAAGGGGUGGACUAAGUUCUUAGGCCUUGGGCAAACAAUCAGCCCCUCGCACUGAGCCAUUGGGGGGGGGAUUGAAUCUUCCCCCAGCUAUUGCUGAUACAACCCUGGGGGGAGGCCAUUGCUUCAGCCCCAUAGGUGGGAAAAUAAGGUGCCCCGUCAGUGCAGAAUGGGUUGGGCUACUUACGCCCAGCUUUAGUUCUAUAGCAGAUCCAAUCUUUUACAUCUCUGGGGGGGGGGAUCACUGCGGACCUCUUGCUUUGGGGGAGAAUGGGAUGAGCUACAAGUAUUGUUGGGCCUGAGGUUGUGGAGUCCUGCCCAAUUGCCUCUACUGUGUACCCGCCCGAUUCCCGAUCAAUUUGCGGGAGUACCCACGAGUACCCAACCCACUGCAGGCUCAGUACGUGGCAGCCAUGCUUCCCCCCCCCCCCAAGGCAAGUGAUCUGUGCCAAGUGGAGAUCAGAGCACCCACAUGUGCCAUAAACCUGUAGCAUAAAUUGUUUAAAUUUCAGUUGUGUUGGCAAAUCCCUUACCCUCCUGUUGCCCCGGGCAUACACGGGCAGACCCCAUAGCCACACCCACACACCGUGUAUCUGCCUGCAUAGGAACCUGAGCGGCGCAACUUGGCCUUACCCAGGGGUCUCCACAGCUGCAAAUUGCGUCUUCCAAAUCGCCUCCUGGUUUAUCAUUGGCUGAAAAAUCUUAUUAUUUUAUGACUUUUUUUUUUUUUAAAUCUUUAAAAUGGAUAUUUUUAUUUGGAAUCAUGUAAAUACCAGAAAGAUGAUUUAGGUUUUGUUUUUUUUAAAGAGACAGAUUAUUAGUAAUGUACUGAGUGUGUAACAAUGUUCUCUAUGGACGCUGACUUGACAGGAUGAUGUACUGACUCUCAUUGGUGGGAAAAGAAGGAAAUAAAGGUUUUUUUCCCCUUGAAA